CAAAUAGUCAUCCUGAGAGAGAAGGCAAACCAGACACUGUGCUCACAGCAGCAGUGGGCAGGGUGGAGAGAAGCAAGUCAAGCCUCACUGAAUCUGAUCAAGGGAUCCCCGCCUAGCCACAACCAUGGACAGCUGGAAGUGGGGUGCCUGUGUCCUCUGCUUGUUGAGCCCAUUAGGAGCCGUGCAGGGAUAUGUGCACCCAGAAUGUGACCUCAUUGCCCACCUGCAAGAAGAUGAGAGAGCAUGUCUGCAGGUGGCAGAGGAGCAGUCUAACACCUCCCUGAGCUGUCCUAGGACCUGGGAUGGCCUUCUGUGCUGGCCAAUGGCAGCCACUGGAGACUGGGUCACCCUCCCCUGCCCGGAUUUCUUUUCCUACUUCAGCUCAGAGCCAGGGACUGUGAAGCGGGAUUGCACCAUCACAGGGUGGUCAGAUCCCUUCCCACCUUACCCUGUGGCCUGCCCAGUGCCUUUGGAGCUGCUGACUAAGGAGAUAUCUUACUUCUCCACCAUGAAGAUCAUCUACACCAUGGGCCACAGCAUCUCUAUCGUAGCCCUCUUUGUGGCCAUUGCCAUCUUGGUUGCUCUCAGGAGGCUCCACUGCCCUCGGAACUACAUCCACACCCAGCUGUUCGCCACCUUCAUCCUCAAGGCGGGAGCGGUGUUCCUGAAGGAUGCUACACUCUUCCAGGAUGACACAGAGCACUGUGUCUUCUCCACUGUCCUAUGCAAGGUCUCUGUGGCUGCCUCCCAUCUUGCCACCAUGACCAACUUCAGCUGGCUGCUGGCAGAAGCUGUCUACCUGAGCUGCCUCCUGGCCUCCACAUCUCCCAACUCCAGGACAGCCUUCUGGUGGCUGGUUCUUGCAGGCUGGGGACUCCCUAUGCUCUGCACAGGAACCUGGGUGGGCUGCAAGCUGGCGUACGAGGACAUCGCGUGCUGGGACCUAUAUGACAGCUCCCCCUACUGGUGGAUCAUCAAAGGGCCCAUCGUCCUAUCUGUUGGGGUAAACUUUGGUCUCUUUCUCAAUAUCAUCCGCAUCCUACUAAGGAAACUGGAGCCAGCACAAGGCAGCCUGUAUACCCACUCUCAGUACUGGCGGCUCUCUAAGGCAACACUUCUCCUUAUCCCACUAUUUGGAAUUCACUACAUCGUCUUUAACUUUCUGCCUGAUGAUGCUGGCUUAGGUAUUCGUCUCCCUCUGGAGCUGGGGCUUGGGUCCUUCCAGGGCUUCAUCGUUGCCAUCCUCUACUGCUUCCUCAACCAAGAGCCCCAACUCCACUUUGUCAGAUGGGUGCAGUGCUCUGGGUUCCUCUGUCCUUAACAGCCCCAUGGAGAUAUGAAGACAUAGUCUCCCCUUCCUGUUUCCCAGGCAGUUUUGCUUUCUGUUCUCUUGUCUGCAGCCCCUCUGACAGAAGUCUGGGUCUUCCUUUUUUCCAUUCAUGUCCUCUGGACAGAGUCCCUGUGGCUUUACUUCUGCUCACAGCAUUUAACCCCAGGCUAAUCAGAGUCAUUCAGGGGGACAGAGUAGAUGUUUUGCCAAGAAAUCAAAAAAGCACCCAUAAAUGAUAUUAACUGGGCUCAAAGGAGUGAUAAAAGUUAGGAAAAUGAACCAAAGAUAAUAGCCAAAAGUACUCAGAGGAAGGAGGAAGUAGUAUCCUUUAGAGGUGGUACUUAGCAGGCACUGCCUGUGACAGCUAUGGCAUUUCUUUCUUGCUGUUUUCCCACAAGCCCCUCCCUGCCUCUCGGUCUCAUGGGGAUUAAGUAAUGAAUGGGAGUAAGGUUCUCUAACAUCCUCUUCCCUGUCUCUGGAGGUGAGGACUGAGAUCUCACGAAAGUGGCAUGGCCAUGACCCUGAACUUCUACCAGCCCGGCAGACCUGUACUAAGUGGACCGUGCCUUCUCAUGGGGGGGCCAAGGUGCUGACAUCCAGGUGCUAGACUUGCCACACCACACAACUGGAGGCCACACAUGGGCUUGGGCAGCCGCUUGGUGCCCACCACCAUCUGGAGGAGAGACCAGAUGCCUCAGGUUGUGCUGCCGCCCGGGCUUUGCAGCUGACUUUUCUCUAAGACUCUGUAUGCCAUUCUUUGAUUCCCUUGGUUGCUAUAUCUGUUCUUGGGCCCAGGGCCAGAGCCAAAAAUCUGGGGAAGCCAAUAAACUUAUAUAUGAACGACA